CUGUAAAGGGUACGUGCGUAGCUACUGCACUACUCACUUAUAGGUCCCCCUUUUUAUGAUAUAACGCCAGUCCAGCAGUAAAGAUGGCUCCAACCGUCUCUAAACUAUCCACGGCCUUCCCGGCGGAUGAGAUGGUCGGUCUGCUGAAGUUUAUCGACAACAAUAUACAGGAGAUGGUCCGGACGCUUCGGGGCCAGGGAGCCGAAGUCAGAGGGAAAGUGAAAGCUUUGAUACAGAAGUACGUGGACCUGAUCGCGGACAUCCUGCGAGAAUGCAUGUAUUUCAGGAACUUUAUCAAGAUCAUACAGAGGAAUCUGGAAGGCAUCGAGAACAUCCUUACCCUUGUGUUAAAGGGUUCAGUAAGCGAGAUCCUGGCAGAUCUCAGGCUGGAAAAGUACCUGUCUGUCUUCGAGAAAGAGGAUCUGAUCAACGCUGUCCAACUGAUGCAGACCAAUUUUGACAUCGAACAAGUAAAUCUGCCUACCAAGUGGGCAAAGGAGGCGAUUCAUGAUAGGAUUCAGGACUACCGUCUUGAGCUGAUGACGGUUAAGGAUCGCAUCCAAGAAGUGAAGGAGGAGGGAGAGAAGUGCCACCAAUCCUGUCAGGAGAUCACACAGAGGCUCAAGAUGUUCUUCCGGGAGAUUGAUGAGAUUCAGGAAGCUAUCAUAAGUUUGCUUGGUGACCAACAUGCCGAGAAAGGGCGUCUAACCGCUAAGUACAUGACAACUGGGGGGAUCGCGUUGACGUGCCUUGUGCUUUGCGUCACAGGAGGUGCCCAAGCUGGCUUGACGUGCCUUGGAGUAACACUUGAAGGUGCAGCCUCAGCUGUAGUAACAGGCACUCUGGGUAUUGGGUGUUUUGGAGCUUCUGCAGCAGUCGUUGACAUCGGUGGACAGUUAAAAGAGGUGGAAAAGAUCAAGGUAGCUUUAGAAGACUUGAAGGGGCAAACCACCUCCAUGACGGAAGAUGCAAGCAAGCAGAAGAUCGCUUGGCAGGAAAUCCAGACCCAAGCAGAGAAAAUCGUGCACUACAUCGACAACUCGAAGAUGGAGAAAACCGCAGAUGCCCUGAAGGAUCCCAGGCGCCGUACUCCAGUACAGGAAGUACUUGACGGUGUCCAUGACGUGUUGGAAGAUGUUGCGAUCCUCCAGGACAACAUAGUCAGGUUUAAGAAGGAGGCGGCGAGUGUACAGGACAGUCUCGUCAAGGCGAUACUGAUGAAGGACACGGAUGGCGUGCUUACAUCGCCCGGAGAAAAAUCAACAUCCCUCCUCCAGUCGCUAGGUGACUUGAUCACCGGCACUGUGAAAGCACUGAAGAUGACAAGUGAGGACGGUCGUGUUUCCCAGGUCAUGGCAUUGAAGUCUCUGAAACUGGAAUGAACCGUACUGCAGGGGGCAUAGUAGGACUCUUAGUAUCUUGUCCAGUGUCAGCAGUAGAACAUUAGCCUGGUAUCCAGUCUAUCGUGGUUAGGCCGGCAAGCUGUCUUCGGGGUUCAUAAAUAGCUUUCCCCCGCCCAGCUCAACAGACCGCCGUGUUACGCCGACGUGAAUCAGCAAGAUAUUAUACUGACAUCGUGCACAACCUACGGGGGAACCUAUAUGCUAGCUGAGUCGGGCGAGAAAUAGCUUCACUCCCGAAGAGGUACCAAUCACGAUAGACUGGACACCAGGCUAGUAGAACAUUUAUUGUGGAUUAGAGUUUUAAAACUCCGAGUCCUAGUCAUGCUAACACAGCUCUAUCUGUGUCACAUAAUCCUUGUUGGAUUACAUAAUUUUGAUAUAUAAAAAAUAGAAGCGACCACAUAAGCACCGCAUUUUAAAAUUCUUUUAUCAACUGCUGGUUACUGAUAUGCAGAUGACUUUCUAAGUCUGGGGAGUAGGGUCUUCCUGAAAGGAACCCCAGUCUGUUUUCGAUCAGUCGUGUCUUUCUUUUUAUUGAGAAACAUAGAAACUUGAAGGACACAGUGGUGGGAAAACUCUAAGGAGGUUACUAAACCACCACUGACAAAGAAGAGUACUCAAGUACAUACAAUGACAAAUAAUAAUAAUAAACCUGCAGCAAGUAACAAAACAGCACUGAAUGGGCGACAUAAGCGAUAACAUGUAAAAAGGAUCAUAAUGUUUUGAAAAAAGAAAUUAAUAUAGUUUAGUAGGAAGUUGAACACAAUUAGUUGACAGAUUUGAGUGAACAAUGUAGAAUUGAGUUAAGGCCAUGUCUGUUGGCUUCCGGGAUCACGAGAGGUGAGCCCUUAGUAAGAAGUUAGUACAAGCUUGUUCAGACAGAUUUUGCACAUUAGCGUGUUUGUGUGUACGUUCGCUUAUAACUCACGGUACCUGCCACAAAAAUCACUGACCAAUUGUCAAUGUAUUACGAUUUAAUGAUUUUGAGUUACUAUUAUAUUGGUAGUUGAUUGAAUGAAUUUCACUCCUAUAUUUAGUUAUCAUUCUAUGUCAUAUUAUCUCCUAAGUUUUUAAGUUUAAUAUUAUCUCCAAACUUUUUAAGAGUAAGGUUUAUGGGUUAUGCUAUCAUCACAAAAUUUCCAGCUAAUAUAGACGUUAACAUUAUGUCAUUGCUAGCUGCUCACCGUGUCACUUAUUAUUGCACGUAGCAUAUAAAUGCACCCUUCCUGUUAAUGUGAUGUCUGAAAUUGAAAGCAGAAAGCUAAAC